AUGUGUGCAGAAGACGUUGAGAAGCUUGUGAAUAACCGACUUCGAGACUUAAAGAUUGGCGAAAAUUUCAAAGAUGCACUACGUGUUGAGGUAGACCGAGCAAACUCCUCACCUUUCACUGCCGAAAUCGAGCAGGCUGCUCCCCCAAAACGAUUCUCAACGCCCUCUUUCACAUGCUUCAAAGGCGAUUCCAAUCUCGAAAGCCAUCUAAAGCAUUUCAAGAGCCUUAUGAUCCUUUACAAAGCCGAAGACGCGCUGAUGUGCAAGGUGUUUGCAAUGACCUUGCGGGGAGCAGCUCAAGACUGGUUUCAUACCCUACCAUUCGGGUCGAUCAACAGCAUCAAGGAGCUUGCUUAUGUCUUCACAAAAGAGUACACUUCUUAUCGGAUGAUCAAGAAGAACCCUGACCAUCUAUUCAACCUGCGCAAGAAGCCUGACGAAUCCCUUCGAGAUUACAUCAAGAGGUUCAAAGCAGAAAAGGCAAAAAUCGUAGGGUGCGAUGACCAAAUCUCAUCCUCUGCAUUCAAGAAAGGUAUUCCAACAAAACAUGACUUCUACCGCGAGUUAACUAUCACUCCCAGCCAGACUCUGGUAGAGGUUUUUGCGUUGGCAAAAUGCUACGCACUUUGGGAUGAUGAUCGAAUCGCCGCGAAAAAGUCCACUGAGCAGGAAGAUCGGCCGACCAAGCGGGCAGACCAAAGAAGCGACAUGCUUGGCAGCAGGGACAAAGACAAAUGUAGGUCGUGCCCACAAGGAGACGUUACGACAAAAGAGAAUUACACCAAGUUCUCCAUCCCUAUACAUCAAAUUUUAGCCCAAGUGAAGGACAAACCUUGGGUAAAAAGAUUGCCACCCUUGAAAGGAGAUCCGGACAAGAGGGAUACCAGGAGGUAUUGUGCAUUCCAUGCGACGCAUGGACACAAUACUAAUAAUUGCUUUGCUUGGAAAGCACACCUCGAAGGACUCGUGAGAGAAGGUCAAUACACGGAGUUCAUCGCAAAGCAGGCCAUCCAGCAGAUAGAGGACUGCGAUACCGCCAAUGAGCCAACCCAGAAGGUCAUAAGGAUUAACACAAUCCUAGCCGACUCCGAGGAGCCCAGACUGACCAACAAAGAAAACAAGAGAAAGAUCAAACAUGCCACCAUGAUCUCCCAGGUCUCCACUAGUCUCCCACUGGCAGAAGACGAUCCCGUGAUCGGCUUCCAAAAGAAAGAUCUAAUUGGCCUUGAUCUACCACACAACAACGCCCUUAUGAUCAGCAUUCAAAUCGCUCAGGCCAUGGUCGACCGAAUCCAUGCAGAUGAGGGCAAUGCAACCAACAUCCUACAAUUGGCAGUCAUCCAACAGAUGGGCUUAGAGAUAAAGAUCAAUAAAUCAGCUAAGUCGCUGAUUGGCUUCAAUGGCGCAACAACGGUUACCGUGGGCACAAUAGAUCUCGACGUUUACUCCCCACCUAUAAUCAGUUUGCAAACGUUCAUGGUCAUUUCUGAAGUCUCACCCUACAAUGGCAUUCUGGGCAGACCAUAG